AAAAAGGAACAGACUACCAGAUGAAAAUCCUAAACGCAUCUCCAAAGUCAAUACUCGACAGAACUGAAAACCGCUUCUCCAAAGUUGAAACCUUGAAAAAGACAAAGCCAAACUCUGCCCGUACCGUAUCUGUUGUCUGUUCCAAAUCACAACCUUCCCGAUCUGAUUGGCCCCCGACCAAUUUUUUCUACGACAACAUCAUAUAUAUUAAUGAUUCUGCCAUUGCAUGAUCUAUAUUCAGUGAAAUGGGAUCCUUUUUAUUUCCCUGAUCUUCAAAGAGGAUGUCCCAAGCUGACGUCUCUUACAGUUGUGGGUCUUGUGGAUACCCUUUGAACUUGACAUCUUCCAAUCGAAUCACCUCUGGUAUUGGCUCUGAAUAUCGCAAAUCCAUAAAGCAAGGUUUCAUCUCCUUUUUAUCUGUUGAUCUUAGUCGAUUCACACAGGUCGAUGAAGUGCAUUGCUUUCCUUUCAGUUGGGGCCGUUCUCGUUCAAAAACAAAACUCCUUUGUCGUAAAUGUGGGGUUCAUAUAGGCUAUGGGUAUGGAGAUGCUCCUGCUCUUUGUGGCUUUGACUCUCCCAACUCAUCUAGUGCUGCGUAUAAGAAGUUUGCUAUAAAGAUCCGAGCUUUACAGCCUUCAGAAGAGUGCUAACAAGGUUGACAUUGGGAGAGCCUUUGAUGGAUGGUGUUACUUCCAUCACGCACCUACCUGAUGAUUGCCUCUCUUUUAUUUUCAAUUGUCUUGACUGUAUGUCUGACCGUGAAUCAUUUGGCCUAACUUGCCGCUGCUGGCUUAAUAUUCAAAACUUGAAUCGUCGGUCCUUACAGUUUCCAUGUUCUUUCAGUAUUAUUGGCCCUUCCUUGUUAUCUCAGAGCUGUAUUGACAUCAACUCAUUCCAUCUUCACAGGAUUCUCACCCGUUUUCAGCGUUUAGAGUAUUUAUCCCUUUCUGGUUGCAUAGAGCUACCUGAUUCAGGCCUAACCUACUUGAAAAACUAUGGUUCAAGAUUGAAAACCCUGUGUCUGGAUUGUUGUUUUGGAAUCACUGAUUAUGGGCUUUCCCUGGUUGGUAAUGGUUGUCCCUCCUUGACUGUCAUUAGUCUUUAUCGAUGCAACAUUACUGAUGCUGGGCUAGAAGCUUUAGCUAACACUUGCUGGUCUUUGAGGCAUGUGAAUCUUGCUUAUUGCCCACUUAUUUCAGACUCUGGGUUGAGAGCUCUUUCACAAGGAUGCUGUCAGCUUGGAGCAAUUAAGAUAUCGAAUUGCAGGGCUGUGAGUGGUGUUGGCUUAAGAGGCUGUUCAUCAACUCUGGUUUACGUAGAUGCUGAAUCUUGUAAUCUUGAACCAGAGGGAAUAAUGGCGAUUGUUAGUGGAGGUGGGCUUAAGUUUUUAAACAUUGCUGGCUUAAGUUGGUUGAACUUUAGAGAUGGGUUGGCAGAAAUUGGGAAUGGAUUUGCAGCAAGGCUUAAAAUCCUUAAUCUUCGAAUGUGUAGAACCAUCAGUGAUGCUUCGAUUGUUGCAAUUGCCAAGGGGUGUCCACAACUUCAAGAGUGGAACUUGGCAUUGUGUCAUGAGGUUAGGUUUUCAGGGUGGGCUUCCGUUGGGUUAAACUGCCACAACUUAAAGAAACUUCAUGUGAAUCGCUGCCGAAAUUUAUGUGAUCAAGGAUUGCAGGCUCUGAGGGAUGGCUGCAAACGGCUCUCUGUUUUGUACAUGAACCGAAAUUGUAGGAUAUCAGAUACAGCAGUGGAGUUGUUUAAACUGUAUAGAGGCAACGUUGAGAUCAAAGUUGAAGAAGUAAUGUCCAUAGGCCCUGAUUGGGACAGCCUGGAAUAUGAUGAGUAAGAGAUUGGCAAUCUCAUUUGGCACGAAAAGCUAUUGAUGCUACAUGUAUACCAUUCAACUUGAGGCAAUUUUCAGCCUUGAUUGAUAAGGUCACCUAUAACAUAAGUUAUAUAGUUGCAUUGAUGAAUAUAUUUGAUUAUUUGAAACAUAUGAACUUUAAAAUGAUGCAAGGUUUUUCAUACAGCAUGAGACUUUUCUUAGCUUUUUUUUUUUAAUUGAAAUUGCAAUCUCUCAUUUAUACUACCUCACUUGUGUUUGACCAAAGAGACUGCUACAAUUUCAUUUUCGUAAUUGUUCGAUCUUUGUGGUUUUUGCAAGAUUGUGUUUGUUAAUUUUAGAUUCCCGUUGAAUUUUUUUUGGCAAAAAAAAAAAAGAAUAAAAUAUUGAUUGUAAUUGAUUUUGAGGGUGCUUAAUGCAUAGAUUUGUAACAUCAUUGG